AUGAGACGGGCCGCUAGGCCUUGCGAAGCACAUCGAGAAAUCUAUAAAAAACUAGUUUUGGGGUUUUUUAAAGUGUUUUUGCUCCCUCAAAAAACCUCAGCGUACGGAAAAGAGAAGAAAAGUCCGUCUGGCGGGCUGUUAAAAGAAUUAAAUAAACAACAACUUAUGUGUUUUAUUUCGUCACCAUCGUUAUCUCUUGCCACUUUUCGUGAUAAAUUACUAGCACCGAUACUGGUUGAACGUGUAUCAGGGACAUAUGGAAAUUAUAUAGUUAGACAACAUAUUGUAUCUAUUCUAAGAUCAAGUGGAUGGCAUAUUGAUUUAGAUACAUUUUAUUCAACAACACCGGAUGGUAUUGUUGAAUUUACCAACAUCAUUGCCACAUUAGAUCCUACACGUAAACGUCGUCUUGUACUUGCCUGCCAUUAUGAUUCGAAAAAAUUAGUAAAUUUUAUUGGUGCUACUGAUUCUGCAGUAUCUUGUGCCAUUCUACUAGAUAUAGCUAUUAGUUUAAAACAACAAUUAGACAACUUAAAAUCAAGAGCGGAUGAUAUUACAUUACAAUUAAUAUUUUUCGAUGGCGAAGAAGCCAUCAGAGAUUGGACAUCAACAGAUUCAUUAUACGGUUCAAGACAUUUGGCCAUGAGAAUGAGUAAUACAAUUAUUCAAGGACAAAGAAGUUUAACUGAACUACAAGCUAUUGAUAUGAUGGUACUGUUAGAUUUAAUUGGAGCUGAAACUUUACAAUUUCAAAACUAUUUUCAACAAACAACCGGAUCUUAUUAUAACCGUCUGAGAACAAUUGACUAUGAACUAAUGAAACUGACCAAUGACAGAUCAUGGCCUUUAUUUACAUCGAGUGUAACCCCGAGCUAUAUCAUGGAUGAUCAUGUACCAUUUUUACAAUUAGGUGUUCCAAUACUUCAUUUGAUAUCAUAUCCAUUUCCCGGUGUUUGGCAUACAUCUCAUGAUAAUGAAGAAAAUUUAGAUUAUCCAACAGUUCAGCAUAUGCGAAAUAUAAUGAAAGUAUUUGUUGUAGAAUAUUUACAUCUAAAACAGAUUAAUUGUCAAGAAACUUCUAUUUUUCAUCUCAUACUCUAA